AUGACGGCCAGACUAAAGCUCAGAGGUGAGAAGAGGAUCUUUAACUGUCCAUGACCUUUUUCCAUAUCAGAGCUCAGCACUCACAUCACUUCACCAUUAUUAUUCACUCAACUGACCUGCAGUGGUAAAUCUUCUAGUAUCCAAGAUCAAAGUCAGGACUCUGCUGGACCUGGAUCUGGGCCUGAACCCAGCUGUGUGUCGUUCAAAAGUGACCAGUCUAAGCGUCGGCUUCGUAGGUCCAGAGACUGGCAUUCUGAUCACCAGAAGUGAGUUAAAGAUUAUGCAUGGUGAACCACUACUUUUAGAAACUCGAAUCCCGCCACCAUCUAGUCUAUUUUCUUUACCACCAGCUCUCCAGCACUGUCCCGCUUAUUUUAAUUCUUCUUGUACGCUUAAUUUUUGUCCGUCACACUUUUAAAGCAUUGUAUUGUGCAUGAUUAUCAGUAUUAUAGAUAUUUAUCAGCAUCAUGACUCUGUUCAAGACCAGACUCUCCAGGAUCUGAACCCAGCUGUGUGUCCUUCAAAAGUGACCAGUCUAAGGGUAGACUCAUCAAGUUCAGAGACAGAUAUCAUUCUGAUGAUCAAAAGUAAUUGUUUUUUUAAGAUGUUUACUUUUCAUUGCAAUUUUAACAUUAUUUUACUCUGAAAGAUUUUCUAAUCAGUGUCUGUGGUUCUGUCAGUGUCACACAUCAGAGACUGGAGUCUGCAGGAUCUGAACUCAGCUGUGUGUCCUUCAAAAGUGACCAAUCUAAGAGUAGACUCAUCAAAUUCAAAGAUGAGCGUCACUCUGAACAUCAUGGGUUUGUGUUAUAUUUGAAGCAUGAAAGCUUUUACCUUUUGAAAAUUUUUAACACUAACUUAUUGUUAAAAAUUUCAGAUUUUAUGUUUGCUUAUCUGAGUUUUUAAUUCUUGACAGAAGUGGACCGGAACCCAGCAGUGUGUCCUUAAAGAGUGACCAAUCUAAGGGUCGGCUCAUCAAGUUCAAAGUUGGUCAUUGGUCCAGACAUCAAAAGUACGUAUUUUUUUCUUUGUAAGACAGCACUCAACUCUUAUAAUAGUUUUAACAGCAUUUUAUUGUAAAAUCUAUCAGUGUUCUCAUUACUAUAUUUGUGCUUUGUCAGAUUUGACAAUAUAGACUCUCCUGGACCUGAACCCAGCAGUGUGUCCUUCAAAAGUGACCAGUCUAAGGGUCGACUAAUUAAGUUUGGAGGUGGACAUCAAUCAGAUCAACAGAAGUAACAGUUCAUUGCACUGUUAUUAUCAUGACCGAAACAUUGGAAAAGUAUUAUGGAAAUUUCAGCUGCUCAUAACCUUGAAGUUCACAAUGUCAAUGUUUAUCAAUCUGUAUCUCCGGUUCUUUCAGUGUUAUACACAAAAGACCAGACUCCUCUCAGCCUGAACCCAGCUGUUUGUCCCUCAAGAGUGACCAGUCAAAGGGUCGACUAAUUAAGUUCAAUGAUGGACAUCAAUCUGAUCAUCAAAGGUAAUUUACUAUAUUAAUGUUGUAAAUCCAUCAGGGUCCAACAGCAGUCAACAGUACUGACCCAGAACUAACUGUGUGGUGUCUUUAAAGAGUACCUAGCACUGUUUCAUAUUACACUUGUCACUAUAUUACAAAUCCUAAGUUCUAUUAUGAACCCCACAUUAUAUGAUCCCAAAUUAUUAUAGCUCACUGUAUUUGUUCAGAAGAGUUCUGCAGCAGAGAUCAGAGGUUCCCACUGAACAGCAUCAAGCACAACUGGACUCCAUAUUUAUGGUGUGUAAAUGUACAAAAACAGCCACUGGUAAUAAUCACAGAGGACAUUAAUCACAGCAGGAUGUGUCUAAAUUGUUUUUUAGUACACUACAAACAUCAUCUGUGCUUGACUAAUGUUCAGACUUGACCAACGAAAUAAAGCCUUACAUUUUUAACUUGCACAGACUCAGAGGUUAAUGUGGAUAUUGGUCUGUGGAAGUAUAGUGGGUGAUCAGAGAUGACCAUUUACAACUUUGUUCCAGCUGCUUGAGGAGAACAUUAUCAGUUUUGUAAAAAAGGAGCUGAAGAAGAUCCAGAGAGCUCUGAGUCCAGAUUACCCAGAAUGCCCAGAGAUUCAAAGGAAGGACGAGGAUGAAGAGCAGAGAAAGAGCAAGGAGGCAUUUCUGAAGAUCACCCAGCAUUUCCUGAGAAGAAUGAAGCAGGAGGAGCUGGCUGACAGUCUGCAGAGCAGUAAGAACAUAAAAAAGGAUAUUGUACACAUCAUGGCAGGGAUCUAGAUUUAGAACUGUGCUGUUAAUUAGAUGCACACAUAUGUAAGACAUCUAUGAACUGAAAUAAGGGUUCAUGACUGAUGGCCCUGAGAGAUUUCAGAGAGGAGAAAAAAUAAAUCUAUCCUGAUUGUAGCUUUAGAUUAUUAAUCAUAUUUAUUUUUUGUUUAUUCAGGGACUGGUGCAGGAGAGUGCAGACACAAACUGAAAUCUAACCUCAAGGAGAAGUUCCAGUGUGUGUUUGAGGGUCUUGCAAAAGCAGGAAAUCCAACCCUUCUGAACCAGAUCUACACAGAGCUCUAUAUCACAGAGGGAGGGACUGGAGAGGUCAACGAUGAACAUGAAAUCAGACAGAUUGAAACCACGGCCAGGAUACCAGACAGACAAGAAUCAACUAUCAGACAAGAAGACAUCUUUAACUCCCAACCUGGAAGAGAUGAACCAAUCAGGACAGUGAUGACUAAGGGAGUGGCUGGUAUUGGGAAAACUGUUUUAACACAGAAGUUCACUCUGGACUGGGCUGAAGGCAAAGCCAACCAGGACAUCCAGUUCAUAUUUCCGUUCACUUUUAGAGAGCUGAACGUGUUAAAAGACAAAAAGUUUAGUUUGGUGGAACUUGUUCAUCACUUCUUCACUGAAACCAAAGACGCAGGAAUCUGCAGGUUUGAAGACUUCCAGGUUGUGUUCAUCUUUGAUGGUCUGGAUGAGUGUCGACUUCCUCUGGACUUCCACAAUGAGAUCCUGACUGAUGUUACGCAGUCUACCUCAGUGGAUGUGCUCCUGACAAACCUCAUCAAGGGGAACCUGCUCCUCUCUGCUCGCCUCUGGAUAACCACAAGACCUGCAGCAGCCAAUCAGAUCCCUCCUGAAUGUGUUGACAUGGUGACAGAGGUCAGAGGGUUCACUGACCCUCAGAAGGAGGAGUACUUCAGGAAGAGAUUCACAGAUGAGGAGCAGGCCAGCAGAAUAAUCUCCCACAUCAAGACAUCUCGAAGCCUCCACAUCAUGUGCCACAUCCCAGUCUUCUGCUGGAUCACUGCUACAGUUCUGGAGGAUGUGCUGAAGACCAGAGAGAGAGGAGAGCUGCCCAAGACCCUGACAGAGAUGUACAUCCACUUCCUGUUGGUUCAGUCCAAGCUGAAGAGCAUCAAGUAUGACAGGGGAGCAGAAACUGAUACACACUGGAAGAUGAUUGAAUCUCUGGGAAAACUGGCUUUUGAGCAGCUGCAGAAAGGAAACCUGAUCUUCUAUGAAUCAGACCUGAAAGACUGUAAGAUAGACAUCAGAGCUGCUUCAGUGUACUCAGGAGUGUUCACACAGAUCUUUAGAGAGGAGAAGGGACUUUACCAGAACAAAGUGUUCUGCUUUAUCCAUCUGAGUCUCCAGGAGUUUCUAGCAGCCCUUCAUGUUCAUCUAACCUUCAUCAACUCUAAGGUUAAUCUGAUGGAAGAAGAAAAAAUAACAUCUCCAAUCUCUAAAAUCUUUAAAGAUAAAUAUCAACCAAAACAUCUCAAUCAGAGUGCUGUGAAAAAGGCCCUCCAGAGUCCAAAUGGACACCUAGACUUGUUCCUCCGCUUCCUCCUGGGUCUUUCACUGCAGACAAACCAGAAUCUCUUGAGAGGUCUGUUGACACAGACAGGAAACAGCUCACAAACUACAAAGAAAAUAGUCCAGUACAUCAAGAAGAAGCUUGGUGAGGAUCAGGCUGUAGAGAAAAGCAUCAAUCUGUUCCACUGUUUGAACGAACUGGAUGAUCACUCUCUUAUUGAGGAGAUCCAACAAUCCCUGAGAUCAGGGCGCCUGUCUACAGAGAAACUGUCUCCUGCUCAGUGGUCAGCUCUAGUCUUCAUCUUACUGUCAUCAGAAAAAGAUCUGGACGUGUUUGACCUGAAGAAAUACUCUGCUUCAGAAGAGGCUCUUCUGAGACUGCUGCCUGUGGUCACAGCUUCAAAAAAAGCUCUGUAAGUGGGUCCAUGAGUAUAGGGGUGUGUGAUAUUGACCAAAAAAAAAUUACUAUCUUGACAUUUGUUUGGAUUUUGCCAAUAACAAUAAAGGACAAAAUUUUCAUCCCUUAAAAAUGAGUCAACAAACGUGACUGUGAUUGUGGCAGCUUGCUCUUGCUGAUAGCAUAUUAGAUGUUUUUUUUUUUACAUUAAUCAAAACAACUUAUUUCACUUGAUUUCACUCAUGACAAAUGGUGAUCCAGGUGUAAAUGGGACUUGUUAAAGAGGUAGCAUUUCACAAUUAUCCAAAUCAUGAUGAUACUGAACGGCAUCAGUACUAACCGCACAAAAACUGUAAUAGAGUUAUGAAAGGGCUGAGGUGUUUCUCUUCCAUUGAUACAUUGAUAGGCAUUGAUAGGAGGGAAUUUUCAAAGGACCUCUCUCGAAAAAAGUGGUGCUUCAUGUUAGCAGACACAAAGGAUAGAGAGCGAUAAUUCAGUGAUGAUAGAUAGUGAUCUCACACAGACUUAAAUACCCUUUGGUUGUCAAAACUACAGUGAAGCAGACUGCGCAGGAAGCACUGGACUUUCAAGGCAAAAAGAAUGACAUAAGAAAUCUUAUUUCACACAGUUACACCAACAAUUAAAAUAUUAUCUUAAACAGUCAUGAGCAGUUAAAAAAAUAUUGCAAAUUAAAAAGUCAAGUAUCUGGUUUGAAGCACAUCAAUCUUUCUUCUUCAGGCUAAGUGGUUGUAACCUCUCGGACAGAAGCUGUAAAAACCUGUCCCCAGUCCUCAGCUCACAGACCUCCAGUCUGAGGGAACUGGACCUGAGCAACAACAACCUGCAGGAUUCAGGAGUGAAACUGCUGUCUGCUGGUUUGGAGAGUCAACAAUGCAAACUGGAAACUCUUGGGUCAGUACGAGUGUCUUGUUAAGUCUCCCGCUGUCAAGCACCAUUCCCUAAAUAGUUGCAAGUGACACUGAAGAAGAGUUUUCCCAAUUCUGCCUCCUCUUCAUACAUCAGUCAGGAUAAGUUUAGACAUGUUAAAUCAGUAUUUAUUACAGCUGAAAAACAUUCACAAACAAAUGAAUGGAUGAAGAUCAUGAUUUGUUUGAGAGAAGAGGAAAAUGAACAAUGCAAAAAUCUGCUUUCAGACAUCUUUAAUAGAGCAGUAAUAACAGUUUCCUAACAACAGUAAAAAUGUCUUUAUAGGUAUGCUGGAUGUAAUCUUUCAGAGAAGAGCUGCAAAGCUCUGGCAACAGUUCUCAGCUUACCGUCUUCUAGUUUGAUCGAGCUAGACCUGAGUAACAACAACCUGCAAGAUUCAGGGGUGAAACUGUUGUCUGCUGGACUGAAGGAUCCACACUGUAAACUGGGAAUUCUAAGGUAGGUAUUAGGGUCAUUGUAAAGUCAAAUUCUGCCACACACAAUUUAACCAAGUCGUUAUAGGAGGCAUUAAAACAUUGACUUCUUUGCCGCUUUUCUUUUUAUAAAGGCAUCUGAAAGAACAAGUCAACAGAGAAACAAAGUGUAGUCUGUAUGACAGCUGAUGUAGAAAAAAAAAGGUCAAAUAAAAUAGAAUAUGAAUCGUUAGACCUAAGCCAAUGGACAUAAUGCAAAACUAUCAAUCAUCUUAAAUGUCAUGAUGGUUUUUAAUGUGCUGAUAUCUUUGAAGGUUUACCAGUUGUAACCUGACAGAGAGGAGCUGUAAAAUCCUGUCUUCAGUCCUCAGCUCACAAACCUCUAAUCUAAGAGAGCUGGAUGUGAGUAACAAUGACCUGCAGGAUUCAGGAGUGAAACUGUUGUCUGCUGGUUUGGAGAGUCCACACUGCAAACUGGAAAUUUUCAGGUCAGGUUCGCCAAUUCUCCUUUGAGAUCAUGUGAAUGAAAACAGUAAUGAUUGGUAGACCGUUACUUUAUUGCACUGUUUUUUUAUGCCAGGAUGUCAGGCUGUCUAAUCACAGAGGAAGGCUGUGCCUCACUUGUCACAGCUCUAAGCUCCAACACCUCCUACCUGAGAGAGCUGGACCUGAGCUACAAUCAUCCAGGAGACUCAGGGGUGAGGCAGCUGUCUGCUAGGCUGAAGGAUCCACACUGGAGACUGGAUACGCUGAGGUAUGAACAAGACAACAAUAGUUCAUCAUCUUUAAGUCUGAGGCCAUGGUUCUCCGUCAGGAAACGUGGAUUGCUCGCUGUGGGUGGAGAGUGAGUCUUUGCCUUGUGCAAGAUAGGUAUCUUUAGGUCUUUUUCGAUAGUUAGGGUGCAAUGGAUCAUGAAAUUGAUGGGUCAGCUGUAAUAUGGGCAUUGCACAGGAUUUUGGUGGUGAAGAGGGAGCUGAGUCAGAGGUUAAAGCUUCAGGGCUCUAUUUUCGUUCGCGCCGGUGAGGCGGCGGAGGGCGGCGAGCCCCGCGCAGUUGUAUUUUCGUCUGGCGGAGCCCGGCGUAAGGCGAGUUUGGUAUUUUCGUGGACUGAGUCGCACGGAGGCGAGCCGAGAUCCGCCAAGCUGGGCGUGGUGGCGUGGCAGGGGGAGGUGUUGACAGAAUCAGCUGGCGCAGUGACAUUUUCGUGCUCGCCACUGGCGUGUAACGUGCGCUGAAAGCUUGCCGAUUCAAACCUGGUCAGCUUUCAGCGCAAGGCGGAACGCAGCUGAUCUAGUAGUAUUUUGGUAGACCGGCGGCGUAUGGACAUACGUCACCGAUGCCUCACCGGCAGGUUUCCACAGUGUCAGGCAGAUUUCAGUGCAAUAAAUAAUCAUCAACAACUAUUAAUCUGAGUCAGCACAUUCAUUUAGAUCUAUAUAGAUAUAUUCUGAUCUAUAUCUGAUAUGAUGAGCGCGUUUGGCACGCGUUUGGGCACACAACCUGACCGAAUCAACACAGCUGAAACUGCAUCAAAUUAAAUUAAAUAUCUAGUAAAUAAACACACAUGAUGAAGUUAACUCGAUAUGUAAUGUGUCUCCCUCCUUUUCUUUCUUCCUCUUCCUCUUAUUUCUCGCACAGCUCGACCUGGACACGUCUCCGUGUCCUCUGUCCGUCUUCCUGCUGCUGCUGCGGCUGAACAGAUGAUUUGUUUCAGUGCUCAGAUGCGUUAUCUACUUUAAGCCGACAUACGGAUAUUAUAAUAUUCAGUUUUGUGGGCCAAAUUUAUUUUAUAUGCCAACAUCUAUGAAAGAAAGAGCCAGGCCACGGAGCGCGAUGCGUCAUUUACGCACAGAUGGUUCCGAUUUUAAUGCCAUUUUUGGAGUUUAUGUUGUGAUCUGUGCGCUAAACCCACCUUUGUCACGAGAGGUUUGAAUAUAUGCAACUUUAUGUGAGUGUCUUUAUUUGUGGAAAAGGGUGUUUGUCUUACCGGUGGGUCCAACAUUACGCACACCAAAUCUAUCUGUGCUCAGAUGAGAGAGUGUGGAGGACACUUGUUGAGCAGCUGCCCUCUGUCGCCAUCGUGUGGCAUAACUGUCUUCAGACAUCUCUUGAUCUCUUUGACUACUUCAUGAAAAUAGUAAUACGCCUCGCCGGUGGCGGAUUUAAAGGCAAGGAGAGGAGCUUAUGUGAUUGGUGAAAACAGGUCUCGGCUGUGUUAAACACACUCCACGCCCUCUCUCCUCCCCGUCUACGACUUAUGCUGCCGGGAGGAGCUGAGUUAGGGAGGGGGGAUACUUACGCCGGGCUGCGCGGCUCACCAAAAUACCAAAAUGUGCUUGGGAACGCCUUGUCAGCGCGGCGGAUCUGAUUGACGCUGCGCUUGCGGCACGUCUCCGGCGAGGCACCAAAAUAGAGCCCUCAGUUUGCCCGUCUAUCUAACCCUCAUCUUUGGUAACAAGCGAUGGAAAGUGAAUGAAAGAAUGAUAUUUCGAAUACAUGCAACUGGAAAGCAGUUAGGACUCAUGUUGGAGAACAAAUCACUCUAACUGUGUUUCUUCCUCCAGGGUGGACCAUGGUGGACAGCAGAGGUUAAAACCUGGCCUGAAGAAGUGUAAGUGACCAAAUAGCAGACUGACAGGUAACAAAGCCUUCAGGUGUGUCUGAAGAUAAACUUCUGUGGUUUUGUGUCUUUUUUUCUCCCCAUCAGAUUUUACUGAACUCACACUGGACUCAAACACGGCACACAGAGACCUCACACUCUCUGAAAACAACAGGGAGGCAUCGUAUGUGUGGUAUCAAUCCUAUUCUAGUCAUCCAGACAGAUUUGACAUCUGGCCUCAGCUGCUGUGUACAGAGGGUCUGACUGACCGAUGUUAUUGGGAGGUUGAGUGGGCCGGAGGGGUAUCAGUAUCAGUGAGUUACAGAGGAUUCAGCAGGAAAGGAGGCAGUAACGACCGUGAGUUUGGUUGUAAUGAUCAGUCCUGGACUCUAAUCUGCACAGACAAUGGGUACUCUGUCCGGCACAAUAACAAAGAAACAGUCCUCCCGCUUCCCCCAUCCUCUGUCUCCCACAGAGUAGCAGUGUAUGUGGACUGUCCUACUGGCUCUCUGUCCUUCUAUGGAGUCUCCUCUGACACACUGAUCCACCUCCACACCUUUAACACCAUAUUCACUGAACCUCUCUAUCCUGGAUUUGGGUUAGGGUUAUCUUGUUCCUCAGUGUCUCUGUGUUCUCUGUAG